GAUGUGCUGGUGUGCUAUCCUGUGAGCGGUAGUAGGUACUGUUGAUCGGCGAGUUCUACACUGUAAGAUUUUUAUAAAAUAAUUUCCCCUGUGGGUGAUAUAUUGUUCUUAUUAAAUUUAUGGAUAGAUUGUUGUUACUAUAAAUAGUUUUUGUUUAUUUCCUGUGUUGAAAACCCAAGUGCAGUUACAAAAUGUCUAAGGAUGAAAAAGAGUCUAUUAUUCCUGAUGUUAUUUAUGACGAGAAUGCUGGCAAAAGCUAUCUCAAGGGCCGCUUCUUUGGAAAAGGUGGCUUUGCAAAAUGUUACGAGAUCCGUGAAUCAAAAUCCCAGAAUGUUUAUGCUGGUAAAAUAGUAUCAAAGUCAAUAAUGACUAAAAGCAAUCACCGUGAAAAAAUGACUCAAGAAAUUCAGAUACACAAAAGUUUGAAUCACAAAAAUAUUGUUGGUUUUCAUGGUUUCUUUGAUGAUUGUUAUAACGUCUAUAUUAUUUUAGAAUUAUGUCGAAAAAGAUCAAUGAUGGAAUUGCAUAAACGUAGAAAAGCACUAACAGAAUGUGAAACCCGUUAUUUUAUGAAACAAAUCUUAGACGGUGUUUAUUAUUUACACAAAAAUAAAAUAAUCCAUCGUGAUUUAAAACUGGGUAAUUUAUUUCUGAACGAUGAAUUACAAGUUAAAAUUGGUGACUUUGGAUUAGCUACAAGAUUGGUUCAUGAUGGUGAACGUAAGAAAACAUUGUGUGGUACUCCAAAUUACAUUGCGCCAGAAAUAUUAACAAAAGCCGGACAUUCAUAUGAAGUAGACGUAUGGAGUAUCGGUUGUAUAAUGUACACACUGUUGGUCGGUAAGCCGCCAUUUGAAACAUCAAGCUUGCGUGAAACUUACGCUCGUAUAAAGACUGUUAACUACAAAACUCCAUCAAGUAUCAGCCAGCCAGCUGUUGCUAUGAUAACCAAUACACUUCAGGGGAAUCCAAAUAAACGGCCCAGUGUGAUGAAGUUGCUUAAAGAUCCAUUCUUUUCAUCUGGGUUCAUGCCACGAAGUCUUCCGCUGUCAUGUUUGACAAUGGCACCACGUGUUGACACACUUGAGACUUACAACCGUAAACCUUUGACAGAAAUGAAUCAAAAUGAAGAAGAUGAUAAAGGAACCUUCCGUAUCCCAACAAGUCCAGCUCCACGUGUUGGCACAAAAGGAUCAGAAAGCCAGACUGAUGCUCAAAAAUCUGGUCGUAAUGUUAAACGUAUGUUGAUAACACUAAAGGAACAAGUUACCGCGGUGUUAGCUGCUAAACCGGGUCGCACAGAUGCUUCCCUGGCGGUGGAAAAUACUGAUCCUUCUGCUCAGCCGUUGGUUUGGGUCAGCAAGUGGGUUGAUUAUUCUGAUAAAUAUGGAUUCGGUUAUCAGCUGUGUGAUGAUGGAGUUGGUGUUAUGUACAACGAUGGAACGAGACUUAUUAUGCUGGCUAAUAAAUUCAAUAUUCAUUACAUUAGUCGUGAUCUUACUGAGACUUACUACACUGUCAAAGAUUAUCCGGAAGCCUUGGAGAAAAAAAUGAAAUUGAUGACUUUUUUCCUGCAGUACAUGAAUGAACAUCUUAUGAAAGCUGGUGGAUCUGUUGCUGUUAAAAAUGACGCCAUGUCCCGUGUUCCUUAUAUGCAUCAAUGGUUCCGCACACAAACUGCUGUAGUUAUGCAAUUGAAUAAUGGGACUGUUCAGAUAAAUUUCUUGGAUCACUCAAAAAUAAUCAUGUGUCCAUUGAUGGCUGCUGUUACUUACAUUGAUCAGGAAAAGAACUUCCGUACGUACCGAUUUGAGACAAUUCAAAAGAACGGGUGCAGUGCAGGUCUUGCACGUAAUUUGGAGUAUGCUUUUGAAAAACUAGAGCUCAUGAUCGCAAAUACGCGACCAAAUUAAUUGAAUUAAAAUUUUCUUCAUGUUAAGAAAAAAAUAAUUUUUUAAAAUAUCAAAAAUUAUGCAUUAAACUAGUAAUAUUUCUGGGUGGGUGCUCAUUCUUGAGCCGUAUUUUUACCGAACAAUUUAAAGCUAGACUGUUGUGUAAGUAGUUUUUAUUAUUACAAUUGUCAGCAUGAAAAAAUCACAGGAGACAUUAGACAAUCAGCAUAUGGAUAAUUUAUUUAUUGUUGAUUGUUAUUCAUAUAAUCAAAACUUAAGAUUAAUUAAUUUAUAUUUUUUUAUUUCAAUAAUUAAUCACUGACAAAAAGGAAAUAAAUAAAAUAAAAUAAAAAAAAAA